AUGCCGCUGGGGAAGCAAAGCAAGCAGAUGGAGGCUGAUGAGCUGUUGUUGCUCAUCAAUGGUACUCAAGGUGGUAAGAAAAAUGCGAAGAAGUGUCAGGAUCACUUCAAGAAGUUGAAAGAUAUGUAUGCCGACGUAAAAUGGCUUCGCUCAAAGAGUGGCUUUGACUGGGACGACAAGAAAAAUAUGGUCACCGCUUCUGAGGAGAGCUGGAAGGAGCUGAACAGUGAAAACAGUCAAGGCUAG